AUGUCCACUACACCAGAAGCCGCGGUCGCUGCCACGAUGUCUCUUCGCUGGGCGAAGUGUGGCGAUGUGUACUACGCCGCCCUGCUGGUGCCGAAUGAGGAGGCGCCCAUUCCAGUGGAGAGCGGCCACGCCUUCGUGAUAUUUCUCGGCGACGAGACGGGGGCCGCCCUCCCGCUGGCCGAUAUUGAGCCCUACAACCCGCACGAUAUCACCCGCACCAGUCAUCCAGAGGCCGCCGCGGGGGUGUUGAUUGCCCAGCAACUCAUUGCAGGAGCAGAGGCAGCAGCAGCAGCAGCAGCAGGAGAAGGAGAAGGAGGAGAACAAGAGCAACAAAAUGAGGAAGAAGAAGAAUGGGUAAAGGGAAUGAUGGCGCAAAGAGAUCAUUCGCAAUCCCUACAUGAAGGGAGUCAAGGUAAGAAGAAAGAAAAGAAGAGUAAAUCCAAAAAGGAUAAACAUGCUGAUAAGAAUGAUGGAAAAGAUGAGGAAAGAGAAGAGUUAAUGACGCGAAGGUUACGACAAAAGAAAGGAAGGCGUCAUGACAGUGAAGAAGAGGAAGAUAAUGAAGAAGAGGAUGCAUUAUUGCUUCCAAAUGCUGGUAGUAAACGGUCCCGUCGUGAAAGAGAAGAAGAACCUGAAGAAGAAGAAGAGGAAGAUGAUGAUGAUGAUACUAAUACUAAUUCCACGAGUAGUAGUGAAAUAUCUAGUGAAGGACGGGAUCAGCAAAACCGUUGGGACGAAAUGGCAGAAGAUCUUAAUAUCACUUCACCAUCACGAAUGAAUGGUAGAACCAGAGGGAGUACAAACAACAACAAUAAAAGAUCUACUGGUUCAACCUCUGCUGCUACCGCUAGUCAACAAAUAGCUUUAUAUGGUAGUACUAAUGUAACUCCAUUCCUAGCGGAGAUUCAUCAUCAUUACCUAAAAGCCAUAGUGGAAGCAUCUGAAAGUGAUCGUCUUGUGAGUAUUCAAGAAUGUGAUCUUGUACGUGCAGUAGAACAGGAAUUACGCUCAUGGAGUGCAGAAGUGGGAUACCUUGAACAACUAUUACAAGAUGUAGAGCAUGAGUAUAAUUCUCUUGUUUCGCAAACAUCGCAGAAUGACAGUAAUAAUGUUGCCACAGUAGAAGAAGAAGCAGCCGCUAUUCGUAAUCGUUUAAGUCGUCUAAAGUCUUCUUUUAGUUUGGAACGUCUUGUACGAGAACAUUUACAUUUACGGGAGAAACCAGCAGAAAGACGAGAACGUAAACGUCCAGUUCAUUCCUCUUCUUCUGCUGCUGCUGUUGGUACAACGGCAUUCAUAGAUCCAUCUAUGGCGUAUCUUCUGGAUACAAAGGCGGCUGCGGCGGUACCGCGUGAGUUAACGCAUACGUUAGCGCAGCGCUACAGAGAACAACGUAUACGACGUGAACGUUUAUUAUCAUCUCAACAAGGACUUGGUAAAACAGGAUUUACAGCGCCUGUAUCUCAAGUAAUGGAGAAGUGGCGUCGUUCACGUGAGUUAAUGUUAAUUGAUCCUUGCCGUGCCUCACAACCCGUUUCUCGUCGAUACUCGGAGAGUCUUGCCAAAGUGGAACGACAUGCAUUAAAGUGUCUUUCAGCGUAUUCAAAUUCUGCUACUGGUGCUGCUGGUCGACAUAGUGUGGAUGGAUUACGUUCUGCAUAUCAACAACAACAACAACAGCAACAACUGCCGUUUAAAGCACCGUCGAAAUUGUAUAACUUUAAUGAUCUCAACGAGGGAGAGACACAGUUAGCCACAACGCCAAUGUAUCAAGCCAGCAGCAGUCAUCCAUAUAUGCCAAAUAAUGGAAUGCAUGAUGAUAAUAAUAAUAAUAAUGAUGAUGGAGAUGGAAAUGAUGAGGGACAAAAUACCUUUCAUGUUCCACUUAUUUCUCCUCUUCGCACCAGUUUUGAUCCACGUGCGACCUUUGUAGUGGAUCCUGCUGAAAUUAUGCAUGAGAAGACCAUAGCGGAGCAAUUAGCUAUGAAAAGUAUGCAGUACAGUCAGAGUAUCUUUCUUCCCUCAGAGGAAACAGCAUGGGAGGGUAGUGAAGCCUAUGAUGCUGUAGAGAGAAAACAACGAACCGCUACUGGAAGAAGAUCCAUCUCUCGUGCCUCUUCUCGAGCAUCUUCUGUGGUUUCAGAUAAUACCAGCGGUUAUAACAGUGCGAAUUACGGUAAUUCUAAUAAAGCUAUUAUCAGUAAUGGUGGAAAGAAGAGUGAGACGGAGCGUAAACCUCGUAGUGAUUGGCGUGCCUCUGCAAAGCGUACUAUUCUGGAACAAUUAACAUUAUAUUUACGUGGUAGAAGAGGUAAACCGGCGGUAUUGAAUAAAGAUCAAUUUCAAUUUAUUGCUAAGAAAUUAUUAGAUCGUGCUGUACGGAGUGAGUCGGAACGUACAGGUCUCUCCAUGUCUCUACAGGCAAAUAAUGCCAAUACCCCUUUUACCAAAGAUAUUGAAUUACGUCUACGUAAGUCUGUGGAUAAUUAUAUUCAACGACACUUUGCAGCAGCCCGCACUCCAGCCCAGCAACAACAAUAUGAACAACAACAAGGCAGAAGUGCAGAUAGGACGGCAGCGACAUCUAUGGAACGAACAACUUCUGUUCGUCGUGGGGCUUUACAACGGGCGGAUGAUGAUGAUGAGACCCGGUCUGUGAUGGGAGCCCAUCCACACACCACAGACUCUCCCGUCUACGAUGAUUUAUAA